AGCUGGCCGUGUUUAUUUUUCUUAUUCUGUGUUAGGGGUCUCACUAGCAACAAAUGUGAUAAGAAAUGGAAUUAAAUUUGUCACUAGAUACUACCUUUCUCUUUUAAAACAUUGAUAAGAACGGAACCAAAAAUGGGGCUAGAUAAAUGUUUGACAAAAUGUAAAUAUAGCUGACUCAGCGGAAGAAGAAACAUAAUUUUGGCAUGAGUGUAUUCCUUUCUUAAAUUAUAUUGGGAAAAACGAAAGAAUAUAAAACAUUUUUUAUAUUUUGAAUACAAUUUUUAGUAACUGCACUGAGUCAUAGCCCAAAAGAAACAUUUAUAAAACAAUUAAAUUCUUGAAGUUAAUUUUUUUGUAGAAGAAAGAUUAUUAAAACUGUAAAACAUAUUUCUAAACAUAAAUAAAGUUGUUAAACGUUGGUAAGUCAAAUUAUUAAAAAUUGUGAUAAUAUUGGCAGGGUGAUCGCACAAGGGUUAAAUAAGCUUAACAGCUGCAAUAAAUAACUGUUUAAUUGCCGAAUUUCUAAAAAAAAUGUUUUGUCGUUAUCAGUCUAAAUUAUUGUAUAAAAUUAACGGUUUUAGGGUGCCUAUAAAAUAUUGUUUGCGCAAAUAAUAACAAAUGUAAUAUCGUUACAUAAGUAGCAUUAAGGGUAAUAAUUAUUAUCAUGAUAGCAAGUAAUGUCGGAAACCUUUUAAGUAAAAUGGAUAACAAGAAGCAGUCAAUGGAAUUUCAAGAUCAUAAGAUUUCAAAUACAGAUGGAUGUCCUCCAGUUGAAGUUCAGACUCUAAAAACGGAGCUUAAGAAUGAGCCUUUAAUGGAAUCUCAGGAUCAGUUGCUAACUGACUCUCUGGAUGAGAAGCUUGAAUUGCAAAAGCAUCCUCUAAGUGAUAACCUUGAAAAUCCCGCAUCUCAGAUAAGCAAAAAUCGUUCGAAGCGUAAAAUUCCACCAAUGCCCGCGGAGGAAACCAUGCGUCACUCUAUAGCCGACAACCUAAUGGAGAUUUUGGUGAGCGAUGCUCUACAGGCACGCAGCCGAAUUCUGGAUAUCCUGCAGCAAAUCGAUGACAAGCAAAAGGUUCGAAAAUAAUUGAAUAUACAUGCAUACCUGAAUCGAAAUCAAGCAUCUUAUACAAUUAUUUUCAUUAUACGUUACUUUUACGAAGCUAUAUCUUACGAUUCAGAAACUAAAAAAACAUCAAGCUUGCUCUUUCAUAAUCUAAGUAAAUCUUAAUCAUAACAAAGCUUUGUUAACCGAAGGAUUGGCUUGUACACAAGCAACUAAAUUAGAACGCGGGCAUAUUGUUAUCGUUAUGAGUUAAACAUUUAAUAAUAAAAACGUUGCGUGGCUAACA